AUGCACAAGCCCCGAGUUCCUAGUCUACUGCUCCUAGCUGGGAUCUAUUUGAUCCUGGGCUCCGCCCGCGUGAAUGCAGCAGCUGCAGCCCAACGGCAACCGGAUAGCCGAAUCGUCAACGGACGCGAUGCUACCGAGGGCGAGUUCCCUUACCAACUGUCGCUGCGUCGCCAAACAGUUCAUAUCUGUGGAGCCUCGAUCCUGUCCGGCAACUGGGCAAUCACGGCAGCCCACUGCAUCGACGGCCAUGAGAACCAGCCGCGGGAGUUCACGCUCCGUCAAGGAAGUGUCCAGCGUGCCACUGGUGGCACCGUCCAGCCGUUGAAGUCCAUUCACAAGCAUCCCGCCUACGACCGGGCGGACAUGAACUUUGACGUGGCCCUGCUGCGUACUGCGGAUGGAGCACUUAACUACCCGUUGGGCAAGGUAGCCCCCAUUCGGUUGCCCGCCGUUGGAGAGGCAAUCGCGGACAGUCUGCCGGCCGUUGUCUCUGGCUGGGGACACAUGAGCACCACCAAUCCGGUCCUUUCGUCGGUGCUGAAGAGCACCACCGUGCUGACGGUCAACCAGGAGAAAUGCCACAACGAUCUCCGUAACCAUGGUGGCGUUACCGAGGCAAUGUUUUGUGCGGCUGCCAGAAAUACGGAUGCUUGUCAAGGUGACAGCGGAGGUCCGAUUAGCUCCCAAGGCACCCUUAUCGGAAUAGUAUCCUGGGGAGUGGGCUGUGCGGAUCCCUACUACCCAGGCGUCUACACUCGUCUAGCACAUCCAACUAUCCGUCGCUGGAUACGCCUGCUCACUAAGUUAUGA